GAGAGCUUGGGCUGGUAACGCGGUAUCUGCGUGUCCUGUUCGCGUCACUGAUCCGGGAGCGCGCUGCAGCACCGCGUUACGACUGCGCGCGUCCAAAACCAGGACUAAAACCGGAUUAAACUUGGACUGAACCCGCUCCUGCCCCGAGACACCUAUCUCUGCACCCUGGUACUGACACGCCCCGAAGUUUUUCACACCAAAAAAAGGGAUUUAAAGAUGGCGGAUGACUUCGACAUCGAGGCGAUGCUGGAGGCACCAUACAGGAACAGGAAGGAUGAAGGCAGUGAGAGCAUUGAGAGGGACCACCGCAACAAGAGCAGUAAAAAGCGCAGCCGUAGUAGAGAGAGGAAGAGGAGCCGUGAGAGGAAGAGGAGCCGGAGCCGCAAACGAAAGAGCCGCAGCCGAGAGAGACACCGCAGCAAAGAGAGAGACAGGGGACGCUACAGAGAGCACCAUGUUCGUCGGAGGUCACGCAGCAAGAGCCCUCUGAGGAAGGAGAAAAGCCCAGUCAGAGCGCCCAUCGAUAACCUGAGCCCUGAGGAGAGAGACGCGCGCACAGUCUUCUGUAUGCAGCUGGCAGCACGCAUCAGACCACGAGAUCUAGAGGACUUCUUCUCCGCUGUGGGCAAGGUCCGUGACGUGAGGAUCAUCUCAGACAGAAACUCUCGUCGCUCCAAAGGAAUUGCAUACAUCGAGUUUGUGGAGACCAGCUCUGUCCCCUUGGCCAUCGGUCUGACCGGCCAGAGGCUGCUGGGAGUCCCCAUCAUUGUGCAAGCCUCACAGGCAGAGAAGAACCGUGCGGCAGCAGCAGCUGCAGCCUGCUCUCUGCACAGAGGCUCUGUGGGGCCCAUGAGGCUGUAUGUGGGAUCAUUGCACUUCAACAUCACUGAGGACAUGCUCCGAGGGAUAUUUGAACCUUUUGGACGGAUCGAGAGCAUUCAGCUGAUGAUGGACAAUGAGACAGGACGCUCCAGAGGAUACGGCUUCAUCACGUUUUCUGACAGUGAGUGUGCGAAGAAGGCAAUGGAGCAGCUGAACGGCUUUGAGCUGGCAGGGCGCCCGAUGAAGGUGGGUCAUGUGACCGAGAGGACGGACCCCAUGCUCGCAUCAUCAUUCCUCGACAACGACGAACUGGAGAGAACUGGCAUUGACCUGGGAGCAACGGGCCGCCUGCAAUUGAUGGCACGCCUCGCAGAAGGCACAGGGCUCCAGAUUCCACCUGCAGCUAAACAAGCACUGCAGAUGAGCGGUGCCAUCAGUGUGGGAGCCAUGGCAGGGCUCCCUCCAGGACUGACCCCUGGACUGACCCCUGGACUUGCAAGUUUGACCCCUGCCCUCACCCCAGGUCUGACCACUAGCCUGACCCCAGGUCUGACCCCUGGCCUGCCUCUGGCUGCACCGCCCGUUGCCACAAAUUGUUUCCAGCUCUCCAACAUGUUCAACCCAAAGAGUGAGGAGACCCCGGGCUGGGAAUUGGAGAUUCAGGCUGAUGUCAUUGAAGAGUGCAACAAACACGGAGGAGUAGUGCACAUCUAUGUGGACCGCAACUCUGCAGAGGGAAAUGUGUAUGUAAAGUGUCCUUCGAUCCCAGCCGCCAUGGCAACAGUCGCCGCUCUGCAUGGACGAUACUUUGCAGGUAAAAUGAUCAGUGCGGCAUUUGUUCCCCUGUCAACCUAUCACAACCUGUUUCCAGACUCAGUCUCUGCCUCCACGCUGCUGCCCCCACCCAUCCGCCGCUGACCCGGGCACGUGCUGCGCUCUGAUUGGACAAUAGACUCUGUACUUGGCUCUGAUUGGACAAUUUAGACGUUAGUGUGCUCUGAUUGGUUGGUUUAAGUUGAUGGUCCAAUGGUUGAGCUCCAUGAGCUGUUUUUUCUAAUCUCUUCAUUUUGUACAAGUUUCAAUUAAAUUUUAUUUUCAAA